AUGCGGCAUCUGCUGCUCACCCUCUUGCUCCUUCACGCCUGCCCCUCUGGAGGAGCCGGCGACCUCCGUGAGGACCUGAUGUUGCUGAAGACCGGGCUUGCGCUCCGCCUCUACCACAGCUUGACUGCGGGCUGCAACCGAACCAACCUGGUGGUUUCCCCGGCCGGCGCGCUCAUCCCUCUGGAGAUCCUGCAGUUUGGAGCCCAGGGGAACACUGGCCGGCAGCUGGCUGAGGCCCUGGGGUACACCGUCCAAGACCCGAGGGUGAGAGAGCAGUUACGCGCUGUCUAUGCCACGCUGCCCAACGCCAGCCCAGGCGCCAAGCUGGAGCUGGCCUGCACGCUCUAUGUGCAAGUGGGAACGCCGCUGGCCCCCUGCUUCGUGGAGCAGGUCUCCCAGUGGGCCAACAGCAGCUUGGAGCCAGCCAACCUCAGGGAGCCCAAUGGUACCACCAUGCUGACCAACGGAUGGGCCUCCAGGCAGCCCACAGUGUACCAAAUGGCCGAGGUCAACUACGGCCAGGUCCAGGACCCUGUGGGCCAUCAGGUGCGGGUGCUGGAGCUGCCUUACCUGGAAAAUGUGGCCAGUCUGCUCCUGGUGCUGCCACAUGACAAAGACACCCCACUGAGCCACAUUGAGCCUCACCUCACAGCCAGCACCAUCCACGUCUGGACCGCCAGCCUGAAGAGAGCCAGGAUGGACGUGUUCCUGCCCAGGUUUAGGAUCCAAAAUCAUUUCAACUUAAGACAUAUUUUAUAUUCUUGGGGCAUCACCGAUCUUUUUGAUCCACUCAAGGCCAACUUGAAAGGAAUUUCAGGCCAAGAUGGCUUUUAUGUUUCCGAAGCGAUCCACAAAGCCAAGAUCGAGGUUUCAGAGGAAGGCGCCAAGGCAGCUGCGGCUACAGCUCUGUUGUUACUGAAAAGGUCUCGGAUUCCUGUUUUUAAAGCAGAUCGGCCAUUCAUCUUUUUCCUGAGAGAACCCAACACAGGGUUUGUCUUCAGUAUUGGGAGAGUUUCAAGUCCCCUAAACUAAAUGAACAGAUCACAAGCAUGUACUCCACCCUCAUCUACGCUUUUCUUCAUAAAAAGUUACAAUUUCAUUUGCUAUACCCUUG